AUGAUGCUAAACAAAAAUCUCCAAGAGAUCAAUAUCCAGAACAUGGACACGGAGCUCGUAGCUCAGAUGUUCAAGAACUACCAGUCCAACGUUCUUUUUCACCUAGAAGAAGCAACAAACGGUCUGAAGGAUCCUGCGUAA